CCUGCCGCUGCGUACGCGGCGGUGGGCGGGGCGCCGCGUCGUGGCCGGGCAGGCGACGGAGGAAAAUGGCGGCCGGUAUUCGGGAGAAGCAGACAGUGGCUUUGAAACGUAUGUUGAACUUCAAUGUUCCUCCUGUUAAAAACAGCACAGGAGAACCUGUAUGGAAGGUUCUCAUUUAUGACAGAUUUGGCCAAGAUAUAAUCUCACCUUUGCUGUCAGUGAAAGAGUUGAGAGAUAUGGGGAUCACUUUGCAUCUGCUUCUGCACUCAGAUCGGGAUGCUAUUCCAGACGUUCCAGCUGUUUACUUUGUAAUGCCAACAGAAGAAAAUAUUGACAGAAUGUGCCAGGAUCUUCGAAAUCAACUUUAUGAAUCAUAUUAUUUAAACUUUAUUUCUGCCAUUUCAAGAAGUAAACUGGAAGAUAUUGCAAAUGCUGCCAUAGGUGCUAACGCAGUAGCACAAGUGGCUAAGGUAUUUGAUCAGUAUCUCAAUUUUAUUACUUUGGAAGAUGAUAUGUUUGUAUUGUGUAAUCAAAACAAAGAGCUUGUUUCAUAUCGUGCCAUUAACAGACCAGAUAUAACCGACACUGAAAUGGAAACGAUAAUGGACACUAUUGUUGAUAGUCUCUUCUGUUUCUUUGUUACGCUUGGAGCCAUUCCUAUAAUCAGAUGCUCAAGAGGAACUGCAGCUGAAAUGGUGGCAGUGAAAUUAGAUAAGAAGCUCAGAGAGAAUCUAAGGGAUGCCAGAAACAGUCUUUUUACAGGUGACACACUUGGAGCUGGCCAGUUCAGCUUCCAAAGGCCCUUAUUAGUCCUUGUUGACAGAAACAUAGAUUUAGCAACUCCGCUACAUCAUACUUGGACAUACCAAGCUUUAGUGCAUGAUGUACUGGAUUUCCAUUUAAAUAGAGUUAACUUGGAAGAAUCAGCAGGAACGGAAAGUUCUCCAGCAGGUGCUAGACCUAAGAAAAAAAAUAAGAAGUCCUAUGACUUAACUGCAUCUGAUAAAUUUUGGCAAAAGCAUAAAGGCAGUCCUUUUCCAGAAGUAGCUGAGUCUGUUCAGCAAGAACUGGAGUCCUACAGAGCCCAGGAAGAUGAAGUCAAAAGAUUGAAAAGUAUCAUGGGCAUAGAAGGAGAGGAUGAAGGAGCAAUAAGUAUGCUUUCUGAUAAUACAGCUAAGCUAACUUCAGCUGUUAGCUCUCUUCCAGAACUACUGGAAAAGAAGAGGCUCAUUGAUCUCCAUACGAAUGUUGCAACUGCUGUUUUGGAGCAUAUAAAGACUCGAAAGCUGGAUGUGUAUUUUGAAUAUGAGGAAAAAAUAAUGAGCAAAUCUACUCUGGAUAAAUCUCUCCUGGACAUGAUUUCUGACCCAGAUGCAGGAACUCCAGAAGACAAAAUGAGAUUGUUCCUUAUCUAUUACAUAAGCUCAGCUCAGGCACCUUCAGAGGUUGAUUUGGAGCAGUAUAAAAAAGCAUUAAUGGAUGCAGGAUGUAAUCUUGCUCCUUUGAGCUACAUAAAGCAAUGGAAGGCUUUCACUAAGAUGGCUUCAGCUCCAACCAGCUAUGGAAACACUACACCUAAACCUUUGGGUCUGUUUUCACGUGUUAUGAAUACAGGAUCACAGUUUGUGAUGGAAGGAGUGAAGAACUUAGUACUGAAACAACAAAAUCUACCAGUCACACGUAUAUUGGACAACCUUAUGGAGAUGAAGUCAAACCCUGAGACAGAUGACUACAGGUAUUUUGACCCCAAGAUGCUCCGAGGUAGUGACAGUUCAGUUCCAAGAAACAAAAAUCCAUUCCAGGAGGCAAUAGUAUUUGUAGUCGGAGGAGGCAACUAUAUUGAAUAUCAAAAUCUUGUUGACUACAUAAAGGGCAAACAAGGUAAACAUGUGCUGUAUGGCUGCAGCGAACUCUUUAAUGCUACACAGUUUAUAAAACAGUUGUCCCAACUUGGCCAGAAAUAAGACUGAAACCCCAUUACCUGGAUGGCAGUGUGACAACAAAGAAUUGUUAUAAUGCUCAGAUAUCUUCAUAUCUAUAAUAUUGUCCUUACAUUAAAACUUAAACCGUUCCAUUAAUUUGAUAUUUUUUUUAAAAAAGAUCUGUAAUUAAUAUAGUGUAUAACAACAUUUCAGAAAUAAACCUUAAAACAUGCUA